GGUCGUAUUGUUUACAAAAUUAGAAAAUCGGAAUCAAUCCAGGGAAAUUGAGUCUGUUCCUCCMUACAGUAGUAGCACUGCAAGCGCAGUCAGUAUAAUUGCAGUAUCAACAGUCAGUCUGCGAAAAACCAAUGGAACCAUGAAGAGUGUAAACGCCGACAACAUGCUGCCCGUCUUUCGCUGGGUGGGUGACGAGACGAAGAMGAAGACGAGGGAGAUCCAGUCGCCGAAGACAACGGCUCAAGAAUUCCACCGUGCCGGAAGCGCAGAAGGCGGCGCUUUCCCGAACACGGAGCCCGGAAAGAUCGUGGCGGUCCCCGGCGACCGACCGACGUCCCCUUCGUCGUCGCCUCCGCCGUCGCCGUCGCCGUCGCCAAAAACAAAAACGUCUCCCCGCACACCUUCCACCCGGGCGUCGUCGUCGUACGGUGGUUCUUCCUCGACCGGCAGCAGCCCCUCGACGAGGAUUCUCCAAUCGCCCGCUGCCGAGCCACGGGAUGUCCGGAAGGAUCCCGACGUUCGAGAGGGCAGAASUUGCAUGCACAAACAACUKGUGGAAACGGUCGGCGCGGGUGCCCACCGACAGAAYUCACAAGCCGAGCCAYCGGCUACGGCGGCUCGUUGGAACCAAGGACUCGACGACAUCCGUCAAACAAGAACCGAGGGACGCGAUCGUCGCAUCAAAGAACUKGUAGAACAGRACGAGAUGCUGGGACGACAGYUUUCCCAGAACCCAGAGGAAGAAACCGAGCAGCUCAGAAGGGAGCCGAAAACGAAACGAGAGGCUGGAGCCGAAACAAAACAGAGAGAGCUUUCCCAGCAAAAYGAGUCGAUCCGGGAGCAAUUGAGGGCYGCCGGGCCCCUCUUCACACAUUCGGACGACUUCGAAACCGAAGCACAGGGCAGAAAAGAACCACCGACAACGAAGCCGCCUCGCCAGAGAUUCGAUGAGAAAAAACGAAAACGGUAUAGAGGCAAUCCAAAACCGUGUCCGGCACGCACGGCGACUGACGACCAAUUCGAGAAAAAAGUAGCCGAGCUGGAGUCAAAACGUCGGUUAGAGGAGGAAAAACGAAGAAAGGAGAUUGCUGCACAAAACAAGCUCUUUCGGCAGCGGCUGAAGCAGGCCGAGUCUCCGAUCAAAUCGUACAAGAAGGUCGACAAAGUGACACAGCAACAAAGGGAGAUGCUUAGAGAACAACGCCGAAAAUUUGCCGAGAUAAAACAACUCGAGCUCAAGGCCCAUGAAGUGGCUCUGAAGCGACRGUAUUGCAAACGGUCUAGUACCAAAGGGGUGGUAGUCCGCGAMAUGAAACUGAGCCCGAAAACCGAAGCGGUUCGAACCGCAAAACAAAAAGAACGGCGCGCCGAAACGGAAAGAAAGAACAAGGAACUGGCGRAAAGGAAUGCAUUGAUGAGAAAGCUAUUGGAGGRGGCAAAGGGCCGUGACCAGAAAAYGCUGGAUUCUAGUGUCGAGCGAGCAAGGCUGGAAAUGGAACGGUCCCGUCGCCGAGAGGCGGAGAAACGAACCAAGGCACUGGUUCGGCGAAACGCGGAGCACCGAGAGCGCCUAGCCGGCACCAAGUGCAARGUCGAAAAGAACCUCGACGAGGACGUUGAGUUCGACCGCCUGGAAAAGGAGAUGUUCCACAACGAGGAAGCGGUGCAUAGGGAACGGGAGCUGGCCAGGAAGAACCACGAGCUGAAGCAWCGCCUGGAAGCUGCGAGGGCCCGGGACACCAAGCAACUGCACUACGAUGUAGAAGCCAAGCGGACGGAAUACACGAGGGCCCGUUUCGAGCAAGCCCAAUCCAGGAAAAAGGAGCUCGCGGCCCACCGGGCAAGGCUCCGRAAGCUCGUCAAGGGAGCCAAAUCCCCCAUCAAGACGRCCCUGGCGUGCUGAACGAAAUCGGAGCGAAAUCAGAAGGCUGGGGAAACCAUUGAUCGUCACCACCAAACCAAACGGUGUUGAAGCGGAAUGGAUUGGUUUCGGGAUAUUUAGGGAAAGGAACGGUACCAAUGGUGGUCCUUCCUACCGACAAACAYGAUUCAUAUAUACAACAGUACCAUGGGCCGAUCCAGCAAUGAUCUUUGCAAUCGGCAAAUGCGAUGUAACAUAACUCAUACACUAUACGACACGGUCAGGGAAAACUAGAAAAYUCAAGUUUACACCGUAAUUUUUUCAAUGAAAGUCAAUGUAGAAACUCAGWGUGUA